AUGGAGGAAAAUAAGGUGCAUUUCCGUCAUUUGAUGCUCUUUUAUUUUCGAAAAAGGAAAAACGCUGCACAAACAGCAAAAAAGAUAUGUGCCAUUUACGGAAAUGGUACCGUAGCUGAGAGUACUGCUCGCAAAUGGUUUGCUCGAUUCAAAAGUGGUAAUUUCGAUCUGGAGGAUCGAAAACGUUCCGGCAGGCCUGUAGUCGUUGAUGACGACCAAAUCAUAACGUUAAUUGAAAAUAAUCCACGUCACACAACACGGGACAUCGCAGAGAUACUCCAUAUAUCUCAUAUGAGUGUCGUGAGGCAUUUGGAAACACUCGGGUAUGUGAAUCGCUACGAUGUUUGGGUGCCUCACGACUUAACGGAAAGAAAUUUAAUGGACCGCAUUUCCGUCAGCGAUUCUUUGCUCAAACGUAAUGAAAACGAUCCAUUUUUGGAACGGACGAUCAUAGGCGAUGAAAAAUGGAUCGUUUAUAACAAUGUGCAGAAACGAAAAAAGGGAAAACAAAAUGAGACGUUAACUACUCCGAAAGAUGAUCUGUAUCCAAAGAAGGUGAUGCUGUGCAUCUGGUGGGAUUGGAAGGGUGUUGUGUAUUACGAGCUUCUUUCACACAACCAGACAUUGAAUUCCAAUAAGUACUGUUCCCAAUUGGACCAACUGAAGGCAGCAAUCGAUGAAAAGCGACCGGAAUUGGUCAAACAGAAGGGUGUCGUCUUCCAUCAGCACAACACCAGAUCUCACAUCUCCUUGCAAAGCCGAAAGAAAUUGGUGCAGCUUGGCUGGGAUGUCCUACCUCACCCACCAUAUUCACCUGACUUAGCACCUUCAGAUUAUCAUUUAUUCCGAGCCCUACAGAAGUCUCUUAAUGGAAAGAGCUUCAAUUCUCUGGAAGAUUGUAAAAACCAUCUGGAUCAGUUCAUCACUGAGAAAGAUGCCAAGUUCUGGAAGAAUGGAAUCAUGAAACUGCCUGAAAGGUGGCGAAAGGUAGUAGAACAGAAUGGCACAUAUGUGAUUGAAUAA